GGGAUUUAUUGAGGGGAGUUUUGAUGAGAUGGGAGGAGAAUAAGCCAGUCGGGUCCCUGCUUCCGAGUUGCGUGGAAGUCAGUGAUCACGUCGCAAUUCUCCCCGCAGUUGGCUCUGGUCUUGAUGAGGAUAAGGAUUAUCAGAAUAAAUUCAGGGAGGCCGUGGAAGCGUUUCUUGGAUUUAGUGGAACACAUCACCACGAUAGAGACAACUUCUUCCGCCGGCUUCGAACCCCCCUAUCGAGGGAAAGAUUCGCUGCUCUUUAUUUUCAUCGUUUACUGCUCAAUGAAGCACAGAGGGCCGAUUUUCCGGCUGAUACCGUAGAGAACCUCAGGAAUAGUGUUGUUUGUUAUAGUAUGAUCGAGUGGAGGGGACAGUACAAUUUAGCAGUUACCAGUCAGAAGAACAAGUGGUUUAGAGAUGCAUACAACUUCCGAACCUACAAGGACACUGCCCUUGAUGAGGCGCAGCUGGUCCGAAAUACUACUCGACAUUUGAAUGACAACAGGAAUGUUAAGAGUUUUUACUGCACUAAGCCCUACGUUGGUGCGAUUGUCUUCGAUACAAUCCCGGAUAUCAUUCCAAAGCUCUACUCCUUUAUGUGGACCUGCAAUAUAGAUAUGGAUUUAAAAAAAAUAUUGGUUGCACCCCCGGAAGAGGACAGUCCCUAA